AUGAGCAGCAUCCUACGAAACGCAGUAUCAAAGCAAAAGAGAAGGUAUCAAAAGGAUGGAUACGAUCUUGAUCUAUCUUAUAUCACACCUAGAAUCAUAGCAAUGGGAUUCCCAAGUGAGAAGAUGGAGGGAGUGUUCAGGAACCCAAUGAAGGAGGUUGUCAAGUUCCUCGAUCACAAGCACAAGGAUCACUUCAAGGUCUAUAACCUGUGCUCUGAGCGCGACUAUGAUCACAGCAAGUUCUAUGGCCGAGUGGGACACUUCCCAUUCGACGAUCACAAUGCACCCGAGUUCAGCCUGAUUGAAAAGUUCUGUCAGGACGUACACGAGUGGCUCCGCGACAAGGACAACAUCGCAGUGAUCCAUUGUAAGGCCGGAAAGGGCAGAACGGGUCUGAUGAUCUGCUGCUACCUAAUCUACUGUGGCGAGUGGCCAGAGACAGAGAACUCGCUCAAGUUCUACGCUGCAGCACGCACCUACAAUCAGAAGGGUGUGACCAUCCCCAGUCAGAUCCGUUAUGUUCACUACUUUAGUCGCUAUCUACGUGAGAAACUUCCCUACAACCCACCAGAGCGUGUUCUUAGGAAGAUCGUCCUCAAGCCACUGCCCAACGUGGCCAACCUCGGCGACAUCAACUUCAACGUCUGUGUCGGCAAAAAGACAGUGUUCAACUCAAAGGAAGAUCAAUUGAACACCACUGUCAGCAAGCAGGACAAGAAGAAGGGCAAGAAGAAGGACAAUGGAUCGUCCAGCUCAUCAUCAUCAACUGCACAGCUCACAAUGACCAAGCAGCAGAGCCAGAGCAUACUGAGCAGCUUGAGCAACAGCACCGUCACUAAUUUUGAUCAGCAGGCCUAUAACCAACACUAUGGACGCGACGCAGAGGACCACGAUGAAUACAUAUCCUUUGACAUUGGCAAGCUUCCAGUGCGUGGUGACGUACGUGUCGAGGUAUGCGAGAAGGGUGACAGACUCUUUAUGUUCUGGGUGAACACAUCCUUUGUGUCGACGCACGAAGUUGUAAUCAAGCCUGGCUUGGACAAGGCAAACAAGGAUAAGAAGCAUAAGAAUUAUCCUCAGGACUUCCGCGUGGAGCUGACUUUUGACGAACAGACCGAACACAGCACCAUCAAGCACGACACGGUUGUAAUCAAGACCGAGGCAUCAGCAUUUUCCAUCAACAACACAGGCGCCAGCAGCCAGAGCCACCUCCGAUCAUCCACAUUGAAUGGUGGAGGCGUCAACCAUCGCGACGAGGAUGACGACGAGGACAGCAGUGACUCUAACGAUGAAGAGAUGAAUUAA